AUGGCUUCGAGUUCGGGUCAGUCAAACCAAUUGCUCUAUGCAUGCAUUGCUCAUGGAACUACUAUCCUCACCGAGCAUACAUCCCCGGGCACGUCGUCGUCUUCGGCCUCGUCGCUCGCCUCUGUCAUCCUCCCCAAGAUCUCACAUUCCACACCGGCAAAGCUCACCUACACCCACGACCGUCUGUUUGUCCACUAUAUCGCGGACUCGCCAUCUUCUACGUCCAAUGGCUCGGACGAGCAGCUCUCCAGCCAUGCGGCUCUCACCUACCUGGUCGUUGCUCAGACGGAGAUGGGUCGGCGGGUGCCCUUCGCAUUCUUGCUGGAGCUCAAGAAGAAGUUUCUCGCACAAUACAAGCCCGAGUCAACCGAUUUCUCAUCCUUGCCCGCGUAUGGCACCGCAGCCUUCAACUCUACCCUCAAGGCCAUGAUUCAGCAAUACAAUACCGCCCCGCCGAGCGAUGCAUUGACGAACGCACGCAAGGAGAUCGACAACGUCAGAGAUAUCAUGACAGAAAACAUCGAGCGGGUGCUGGAGAGGGGCGAGAGAAUUGACCUGUUGGUAGACAAGACGGAUCGUUUGGGAGGGAGUGCACGGGAUUUCCGAGUGCGCAGCAGAGGGCUACGGCGGCAGAUGUGGUGGAAGAAUGUGCGGGUGAUGGUGCUGCUGGUGGUCGUGGUCAUCUUCCUGAUAUAUUUGUUUGUCGGAUUCGGCUGUGGGUUGCCAGCCUGGAGCAAGUGUGUCGGUUGA